AGGGCGUGGUAUGCUCGAUGUUGGUCGCCCCGUUGCUUUUUGCACUGGUGGAUACGUCUUUUCCCUACAGUACAGACUCCCAUUUCAGACUCAUUCAUAGUCAAAGAAAAAAAGUUUAAAGAAGAGGUCUACAUAAUGCCAUCAGACAUCCCCACAUCCUGCCGCGCUGUCGUCAUCGACAAAGUUGGCGCACCCUGGUCCAUCAAAAGCGUGCCUGUCUCCUCCCCGAAUCCGGGUGAAGUCCUCAUCAAAGUACAGGCUUGCGGUAUAUGCCACUCUGAUGUCUUUCUACAGCAAGGCCACCUCGGCGACCACGUUUUUCCGCGUAUCCCAGGUCACGAAGUGAUUGGCACGGUGGUUGCGGUUGGCGAAGGAGAGAAGAAGUGGAAGGUAGGGGAUCGGAUUGGGGGAGGAUGGCAUGGGGGGCAUGACAGCGUGUGCAAGGCGUGUAGUCGGGGGUUGUUCCAGAUAUGUGAGAAGCAGGAUAUAAAUGGGGUUAGUAAGGAUGGGGGAUAUGCCGAGUAUUGUACUCUCCGCAGCGAAGCCGCAGUACGCAUUCCGGCUGACGCGGAUGCCGCUGAGUAUGCUCCCUUGCUCUGCGCUGGUGUUACAGUAUUCAAUGGGAUACGCAAGAUGAAUAUCCAGCAGGGAGAUACGGUGGUUAUUCAGGGCUUGGGGGGUCUGGGGCACCUUGCUCUACAGUACGCUCGCAAGAUGGGAUACAGGACGGUAGCGCUGUCGUCGUCGAGUGACAAGAAGGACUUUGCGUUCCAACUGGGAGCCACAGAUUACAUCGACACGUCGAAAGAGUCUGCGGCAGAGGGACUCCAGAAGAUGGGAGGCGCAUCCCUCAUUGUCGUUACAGCACCAAACCCACAGAUCAUAGGGCCUUUGGUUGACGGACUCGGACCGCUGGGUAAGAUGCUUGUCCUUGCGCCUGUGGGCGACGUGCCGAUUAAUACUGUGAGCCUGGUUCUGGGGGGCCGCUCUGUCCACGGCUGGCCAUCGGGACACGCACUGGACAGCGAGGAAGCGAUUGACUUUGCGGAACGUCAAGGGGUCAAGUGCAUGAUUGAGAAAUUUCCAUUUGAUAAGGCGGAGGACGCAGUUAAGCACAUGGAAAGUGGCAAGGUGCGCUUCCGGAGCGUCAUUGUCAUGGACUAAAAGUCGUUCCACCGGGAUCAAGCUGGCAUGUGUUGCGAAAUUGAGGAUCGCGCAAUGCGCUCGAGAACUAUAGUUGAGGCUAUAUGGAAACGUCGAAACAUUUUGGUCGAAUCUUCUCCCUCUGUCGUUGUUUGUUUGGCGGUUGGCAUUCUGGGAUGAUCGAGGCCGCUCACCGGUGGUAGGCAGGUGUGAGGCAGAGAGCUAAGUUCUGGGUUACUAGUAGGUGCUAAGCUGAAUGUCGCUGGGCUCCGUUUCCUUGAUGACACACCAGUGCAUAGUAACUAGACUAGUACUAUUACUUAGUAGUAGUGUCUAAUUCCGUCUCUCUGUCACUUGAGGCCAAGUAUAGCUUGAGUGGC